AUGACUCUGUUAGUGAGCGACUUUUCCUGGAUAGCAACAGCUCAUCAGGUCUUGAAAGGCCUGGCCCCUCCUGGGGAUGCCGUGUCAAGGGGUGGGCCUGUACCUGUUCCCGCUGGGCUGCAGUGCAGUGACGGUUCACUGUUGUUGCAGGGGCGUGUGGUGGAAAACAUCUCCAAGCGCUGUGGGGGUUUCCUGAGGAAGCUGAGUCUGAGGGGCUGCCUGGGGGUCGGGGACAGCGCGCUGAGGACCUUCGCCCAAAACUGCCGAAACAUUGAAGUGCUCAAUCUGAAUGGCUGCACCAAGAUCACAGACGCCACCAGCACCAGCCUCAGUAAAUUCUGCCCCAAGCUGAAGCACUUGGACCUGGCCUCCUGCACUUCCAUCACUAACCUGUCUCUCAAGGCACUCAGUGAAGGGUGCCCCCUGCUGGAGCAGCUCAACAUCUCCUGGUGUGAUCAGGUGACCAAGGAUGGGAUCCAGGCAUUGGUGUGCUGCUGCCCAGGACUCAAGGGGCUUUUUCUUAAGGGCUGCACCCAGCUGGAAGACGAGGCGCUGAAGUACAUAGGCGCCCACUGCCCAGAACUGGUCACGCUAAACCUGCAGACCUGCUCGCAGAUCACGGACGAGGGGCUGAUCACCAUCUGCCGCGGCUGCCACCGCCUGCAGUCGCUGUGUGUGUCCGGCUGCACCAACAUCACCGACGCCAUCCUCAACGCCCUGGGACAGAACUGCCCCCGGCUCAGAAUCCUGGAGGUGGCUCGCUGCUCCCAGCUCACAGACGUCGGUUUCACCACGCUGGCUCGGAACUGCCACGAGCUGGAGAAGAUGGACCUGGAGGAGUGUGUGCAGAUCACGGACAGUACCCUCAUCCAGCUGUCCAUUCACUGCCCGCAGCUGCAGGUCUUGAGCCUGUCUCACUGCGAGCUGAUCACGGACGACGGGAUCCGUCACCUGGGCAGUGGCCCCUGCGCCCACGACCGCCUGGAGGUCAUCGAGCUGGACAACUGCCCCCUGAUCACCGACGCCUCCCUGGAGCACCUGAAGACCUGCCACUCCCUAGAUCGCAUCGAGCUGUACGACUGCCAGCAGAUCACCAGGGCUGGCAUCAAGAGACUCCGGACGCACCUCCCCAAUAUAAAAGUCCACGCCUACUUCGCCCCCGUCACCCCGCCCCCCUCGGUGGGGGGCAGUCGCCAGAGGUUCUGCCGCUGCUGCAUCCUGCUAUGAUGUCACAUGGGCCCUGCCCCUACAUGCGUCGCACAGACACCCGGAGAGCCCGUGUCGCUGUGCGAGUGUCCGCCCGCAGGCAUGUGGGCUUGCCCCCUGCCCCCUGCCCCCUGCUCCGUGUGCCGGGCGGGACGUCCCCUUCGGCUGCGCCGCCGGCUUUGUCUGGGAGCUGGAAGCAGCAACAGUAAGGACACCGGAGCACGAACGCGCAGAUCUGGAUCUGCCACAUUCCUCAUCCCCUCCUACAGCACGCCCCCUCUCGAGCGUCCAACAUUCCCCGCUUUUACUUGGAGCGAACGCAAGGCCCUUCCUCGUCCUGCAUUCCUUACUCCAGGGGCUUUCAUCCGGUGUGUUCCUUAUUGCUUAAUUGACUGCUUUAUUGAUCUGGUAAUUUGAUUAAUUAGAACUGCAAUACUGGUUUCGGCUCUUGGAUCUGCUGCAGGUUUCACAUCGACUGCCGAAGUGUUUUGUGUGCAUUUACAGUCUGCAACUCUUCAACAACUGAAAAAGAUGACAAUCCUCUAAUUAAGCUUGUUAGCACGUCAGUUAAGGGUUUAAGUGGUAGAGCUCAGCGGGGUCAAAACCCAGUAGACACUGGGGGUCUGACCUCACGCCCCUCACAUGCAUUAAGAGUGCAGAAGAUGAUGGUGUGGAAAUGUGGACAGUUCUUGUUUAGGGUGAUUUCUUGAAAGUGCUGUCUCGCAAGACUUGUUUCUUUACUGUUGAUCUCACCCCCACCCCCAGUCAAAACAAACUGUGGCUUCAACACCCCUGAAUUCUGAUCUUGAAGUACUUUAGCUCUCUACACAGGAUCAAAGACCCUCAUUCGCAGUGCCCUAAGAUCCAGGUCUCUUCUUCACCUUAAACUCUCUCAUUAGGGUCCCAGCUGCAAAAGCUACCCAAGUUUUCACUGCCCAGAAUAUAGAAAUAAUAACCCAUGGUUACAAAUAGAAUCAUCAGUGACAUUUAGCUGGCAUGCAACAGACCACAGGGCUCUCUGUGGGCUUUAAAUUAGUGACACCUGUCUGACAGUCUACUCAUAACUCCUGGUGGAGCUUUUUGGAUUUAAUUUUAAAGAAAAAGACAAUCGCGUUUAAAGAAUUUGCCCUUUCCUUGUGGAGAAACUUUCUGAAGUCCCACUGAAGAGCAGGAACAGGCUCUGGAUUUUCCAGGAAACUGGAAGGCAGAGAUCUGGGGCCUUGCCCUACCCUCUUAGUGAAUAGUAAAGAGGCCAGCAUUCUGAUUCCAAUGAGAGACCUUUGUCUCUGAACUCCUAAUUUUACAUGCAGGAACAACAGAACUGAACACAGGGCAGUGAGCGUAUUGAGAGGAACUCGUUCUCAUAGACUAGCAGCCCUCCCACCCAAAAAACAUCACAAUGGGGCAUUUGGGAUUAAUAAUGUACAAGCAGAAGUGCUGUAAAAGGCGGUAUAAGUGACCCCCUUCUUUGUUAGCCUGUCUUUUUGUCCUGUGAAAGGCUUAUACAUCCUGGACAGAUGUUUAAUUUUUCUCCCCAUAGUCUUUCAACCCAUGAACGAAGAUUGAUUUUUUUUUUUGUUCCCUCCUCCUGACACCCCGAAUGCCUCUUGGGUGGGAAAUGUGCUCGCUGAUCUUGGCAAAAACAGGGAAUCGUACAGGAAUACUUCCCAAGCCGCUAGGUUUUAGCCUGUUGCAUUGAAAUUGCCUCAUCUGCUAUGCUGAGGGAAGCACGCUGUCCUGCUGCCUCUGAACCAACCAGUGUCACCAGAGACUUCCGGCCCAUCACAAGCCUGUUGCACGCGCGCACACGCACAGCUUCUCUGCUCUCCAUCCCACAGCCUGACUCUCCAUAGGACUGAAGAAAUUCAUAUAUUUUUUUAUAAGGAGACAAAUGCAAUUUAAAGAGGAAAAAAAAUCUGAAGAUGCCAAACAUUGCAUGUUUCAAUUAUAGUUUUGUUUUCAUGUAAUUGUGUACAUAUGUACCAUAAAAGUACUGUAUAUACUGUAUCUCAUCUGUGAUAUACCGUGGGAGAUUCCAGAGCUCUGUUUUAGACUCGACUUGGCAGAAUCUGAAUUUCCAGCCUUGGGGAUUUAAUUCUGCUCAAACGAAAGAGAAAGCUUUCAGGUGGUAGAGGAAGCCUCCUGCUGCAGGUGUUGUGGAUAAGGAGAAGUUCUUGGGUCCGGUGACACUCAUCUGUUUCUCUAACAGGAUUAUUGUCUUCUGAGUGAGGUCUAAGUACUUUUUAGUUUUAGGAGAGUAAUUGUGUAGCAAACUGUUGCUCAACAGCUACACAGAUCUCCAAACAAUAAGUGGCUUCUUCUGAAGGUUUUGACUUUCUGCUCGUGGAGACAAACCAUGGUCUGUUGUUCUUCUUCAAAGCAGAGGAGGAGGAGGAAAUAGUGAGAGAAAUUUGCACUGGAAUUCUGACAGGGCAGGGCUGUCCAGAAGGACAAUCGGAUCCCCUCAGCCCCUUGGCUGUGUGUGCUGGAGGCCGGAGUAGGCGUUGUCAGACAUCAAAGCCCUCUUUCAAAGGAGGAGACUCAAGCUCAGGGGACUGUCGGGCCCACUGAGUUUGUCUGCACAUGAACACAGACUUCUGCUGGACUCUCCCGGCCUGCGGACUCCGGAAUGCGCUGGGACAGAAACAAAACGAACCCUCCAGUGAGAAAUCGAAACCUCAGUGAGCUUUCCCAUGCUGUAGGCCCUCCCCACCCCGAGGGCUCCGACGAGAGAAGGGCUGGAAGACGGGCUGUGUAAACUGACCGACCGUCCAGCGAGUGGGCAGGAGACCGGACUGGGGGAACGUGCUCCCGUGCAGGUCUCCCCACUUUCCGGUCCCCAUCGGGACAAACAAAAGAAAGGGGGACGAGACUCUUCCCUGUGUGGUUUCUGGAGCCCUGGACAGCACGAAGCUGGGAGGACUCCACAGGCCCUUGCUUUAGCCCUUGGAGCGUUGCCACUCAUUCAGCUUCCUGGGUCCCAGCCCUCCCCGUUCGCUCCUGGCUUUCUCCCGGAAUCCUCUCCGAUGGCCCUAGGGUGAAGCGACCUCUCCCAAAAUUGCUCCAGUGCAGAGAGAGUGCCGAGAUUUCCACCCGGCUGUGAAGCAGGGGAAGGUUAUCUGUCCCUGUGGGUUACUGACUGUAUCGAACACCACAGGCCGUGGUUUUUAGCACCUUCCUCUCUGUUGCUUCAUCUUUCUUUGUGAUUUUUUUUUCUGCCCUCUGUUUCACUAUCUCCUGUCGUGUGUUUUUUACGUGCAUCCCGAACAGCGGUCCCCACCUCUAUCGGCCAGUUGCGCACGUUGAUCCCGCACUAUAGAGGCUACGCUGCUGGGAAGUGGAGGCGAGAUGUUUGCUGCCAACUUUUCAGUUUCUUCCGUCUUACGAUUCCUGUCCUGUUAGGCCAUUCAGUUGGAGCCGGUGCACACAAUGAGAGAACUGGAUCCCCUUCUUGCAUAGGUGGCGUUUGUCCUGUUGUCACUUUGCUGAAUUAUGGACUCUUAUAAGAUGAGUUUGUGGUGCUUUCUUAAGGAAGGGUUUUAGCUUUAAAAAACACUGGCAAGAUAACUUCAGGAAGUUCUGCAGUGACCACCAUCUCAGCCAAGGUCUGAGUGAUGAGGUUUAAAAAAAGCUCAGGUCUCUGUUAAAAAGCAACAUUAUUCCAGGAGGGAAUUGCAACCAGGAAAGUAAUAAAAUGUACAUCGAGUAA